CCUGUCUGUCAUUUCAACGAGCAAGCCUUGCGCUUGCGCACGUCGCGCUAAAACCUCCUUUCCGAACGGUUGCGAGUUCCUUUUUCAAAUCUGUGUUUUGUUUUUAAACGUUAUUCUGUUUUUAAAUUUUAAAAGUGAGUGUUUGUGUGCUGUGCAACCAUGGUGCGUUCUUACAGUGUAGUGGGCUGUUUUAAAAUGCCAAAACGUGUGGUUAAAGUGACUCCAUCAUCGACUACUGAGGAAGGAGUUUACACUAUUGAUCUGUCAUCCACUUCGACUUUAGAUGUUGCUUCGGCGCCCCCCGCCCCCCCCGCCAUGCAGGCGCGGCGGCACAGCUACUGGUGGCACCUGCUGGUCGACCUACCCAUACUGCUGAUGGUGUCAGCAGUAUGCCUGCUACUAGAAGUGGGCGCGAUCCCGAGCCGCCGCGCCGGGUACGCCUGCAACGAUCCUGCCCUCUCGUUCCCACAUGUGGGCGACACGUUCUCCAUCUCGCUCGUGGCCGUCAUCACGGUGGUGGUGCCGUAUGUUGUUGUAUGGAUAGUAGAGUCCUGCCUGCACCGGGAAGACGAAUACACGUUGAAGAAGAACAAGUUCAUCGUCAGCGCCAAGACAGCUGCCGUCAUAUACCGCGACUACAUCUACGGAGCAGUAGUCAACCUGGCCAUCCUCGAGGUGGUCAAGUGUGUGGUCGGGUCUCCCAGACCCACGUUCUUUGACCUCUGCCAACCGGAUAACGCUCGGACUUGCAAUGGAUCGCAAUGGGUGAGCUCUUACAAGUGCACGUCUACCAAGUACAGCCGGUACCUGCAGAUCGACUCUUCGAGGAGUUUCCCGUCGGCGCACGCCUCUCUGUCCGUCUACUGCGGGUUGUUCGUUGCUUGGUACCUCCAACGGCGCGCGUUCAGCUGGCGCUCCCGCUCAGUCCUGGCGGUGCCCCUACUCCAGGUGCUCAGUCUGGUGUACUCCGCCGUCUGCUCUCUGAGUCGCCUCACCGACCACCGGCACCACUGGUGGGACGUGCUGGUGGGAGGCUGCAUGGGCGUGCUUAGCGUGCUUUAUACGACGCUGGUCCUCUGCAAGAACUUCUCGCAGCCGGCCGUGGUCUCCUCCAGUGACAUCUCCAGCAGCGACGGCAACAACCACCAAUCAGUGCGGAGGCUCCUGUCUAGCGAGCCCCACGUCGUGGUCCCCUAGCCAGCGGCGGUGUAGGUUCAACCUACCUCGGACCUCGUUCUAAAAUUAUAACCUCAAAAGAGGAAACGCACCAUGAAGGUUUUAAUGCAGUCUCUGUGUGUUGAUCGAACUUUUUGGUGGAAAUCUUUUCGUGUACCAUGAAGGUUUUAAUGCAGUCGAUGUAUAUUGACAGUGGAACUUUUUGGUAGAAAUCUUUUUGUGUAAAGUGCAAAUUUUGUUGAGGUUAUUUCUGGUGGCUGUUAGAAAGUGUCAUUAUUAGGAACGUUAGGAUUGUUACCGCUAAAGCAGUGGUGUAAUUUGGGCAAAGUGAUAAGAAAUGAUUUAAGGCUAAGUGCGUGCUUAGCCUACACUUUGUUUUAUGCAUUAAUAGUUACCUCGGAAUGUCUAAUACCUAGAGAUUACAUAUUAGGGCAUUUUUAUUGUAUCCACUUUAAUAAUAAAUUAUUUAAUCCGCGUAGGUAAUUCUACACUGUCUACUGAUAAAGUCGCAAGUUUGGACGUCAUGUCGACGGACACUAAGGGCGUCUUGCACAACAAAGUUAAUCAAAAUUCUCAGCUAAUCAAAAUAGUUUUUCUCUUCCUCUGACAGUAUUAUGUGAGUGCAAGAGGUCAUAGAUUUAAUUUUGAUUACUUACCUUUGUUGUGCAAGUCACCCUUAAACUCAUAAAUAAAAUUUUGCCCAAAAAAAAGUUAUUUUAAUGUAGGACUGAAAAGAUGAGAUUAAGUUCUGUUAAUGUACAUUAAGUUAAAUUAGGGAAUCAUGUAUUUAUUUAUAUACGUAAAUAUGACCAUAGAGCCGAGUGGCCAAUUCAAAGUGAUAAUUUUAUAGACCGUAAUAGCUGCA